CGGGUUACCUUGCGCGUCCGUUCUUCCUUCGCCUGUUGCCAUCCCAUUUUUGACCAGCUUGCAAAGUCGGGAGAGAUUUCAACGGAUAAGUCAUGCCAUACCUAUUUGGCUUAUCUGUUGUGGUGAUAUCCCGUCUUAGAGCGCCGUUGAGUUGGUUGUGAUUUCCCACGACAAUUCCCUUUCUCCCACCACCACCACCACCUCCUCCUUCUCCCCCUCAAACAACCCCCAACCGCGAGGCUGAGCGGCCUGUCCAGCGAGGGUUCAUCAACGGACAACCACGCUGCGGUCAUCCGAUUCGCAAACGCCCGACAACCAGAGGAAAUGGCGCCGCUCUCGUCAUCUAAAUACCGUUCCUCGCCUGGCCGAUCGUCUAGAAACCACACCAGGGUCACCUUGAGGACAUCGCGAAGCUCUGACCCAAGCACUUCAGAAGGCCCACCCCUCAAGAAACGGAAAUACAUCCCUGGUGGCCCCGGUGGAGGCGGGAGAUACAUCGAACUGGAGGUGAAGGAACCCACCCCGAGGCGGAAGCCUAGUCCCGCCGCACGACGGAACUCCUCGAGCUCCCAGAGUCGCCCUGCUCCAGACCCGGAGCCUCCUCAGCCUGUACAGCUGCCCCCUCCCUCUCCUGCUCCUGCUCCUGCUCCAGCUCCUGCUUUUGCUCCUCCCCCUCCCCCACCACCUCCCGUGCCGUCCACGCCGCCCUCUGCGCGCCUCAGGCGAGAAAAGAGCCAGAGCCGUGGCCGCUUUGGUUCCUCGACAGCGGCUGCUCUUGCGCUACAACAAGGAGAUGGAUACAAACCGCGGGAGGAACGAGGAUGGGAGGAGUUCCACCCGGACCUGGACAUCGAUACCAAGUUCACGGUCUUCAGUGCAGAGGAAGUAGAUGGCCCUCCACCGUCGGCAUCAUUAGCUCAAAUCCUUUCACCGAAUGGCCUGAAUAACAGCAGCGAUAAAGAUCCAAUCGCCGAGCUCAUUCGCGCGCACACUAAUGGCACCUCGCCGACGCCAAUCAAGCGUCGCCCGGGGCGCCCCCCUCGCCGUCCUGAAGCUAUCCUCCAUGCUCUGGGUAUCUCGCCGCAACCGAAAGCUGUACCUCCACCCGGGCCCAAUCCGCGCGAAAGGUUGACGCUUCCGAAACCUACAUUUCGACUACGGGACCCAUUCACCUUCUACGAUCAACCCGGAGUAGGUCAGCAGAAUUAUGUCGAUCGUACCAUGGCGAGUGUGGGAUAUCAAGAGAGCGACCUCUUUCUACGGCAUGACCGCAGGUUGGUUCGUAUGUCGGAAGGUGCGCAGGAAGAUGACCUGGAUCUCAUCCACCCUGUUGGCUCAGAGGGCGAAGUCAAUGCCGCUGUUGGUCGGGUGGAGUAUGAUAUGGACGAGCAGGAUGAGAAGUGGCUGGAAGACUAUAAUGCGAAACGGAGGGAGGACCAACUGGAGGCAAUCAAACCGGCCGUCUUCGAGAUCACGAUGACCAAGAUUGAAAAGGAGUGGUAUGCCCUGGAGAAGCGCAUCCCAAAGCCGAACCCAAAACCUCCACAAACGCAACGUCCUCGUUCGAGCUCCGCCGCUGCGGUCAAUGGUGAAACUGCUCCCGGAGAAGAGCAGGACAGCAAAUGUGCCAUUUGUGAUGAUGGUGAUUGCGAGAACUCCAAUGCGAUAGUGUUCUGUGAUGGAUGUGACCUAGCAGUGCAUCAAGAGUGUUAUGGCGUUCCGUUCAUCCCUGAAGGGCAAUGGCUAUGCCGGAAAUGCCAGCUCAUCGGGAGAGGGUCAGUCAAUUGCAUAUUUUGUCCGAAUACCGAGGGUGCCUUCAAGCAGACCACCACGUCGAAGUGGUCCCAUCUUCUGUGUGCUAUCUGGAUCCCGGAAGUGUCGAUUGGCAAUCCGUCCUUGAUGGAGCCGAUUACUGAUGUCGAGAAAGUGCCGCGGAGCCGCUGGAAACUAACCUGUUACAUUUGUCGCCAGAGAAUGGGCGCAUCUAUCCAAUGUAGCAACAAAAAUUGUUUUGUGGCGUUUCACGUAACGUGCGCGCGACGGGCCCAGCUUUACCUAAAAAUGAAGUCUGGCCAUGGCACUCCAGCCGUGAUGGAUUCUCAUCUUCUCAAGGCCUUCUGCGAUAAGCAUGUUCCUCCUGAGUGGCGAAGGGAGCAUGGUACCGACGCCGCCACGGCGGAUGCGAUUGAAUAUUACCGGAAUACUAUGCAAGGUCGCCGUUGGGGAGACAGUCAGGCAGCAGCGCUUUCUCUGGAACCGGCACACUCUCAUAUUGGUGGGGAGCAUGGGGAUGACGAUGGGCACCGGACACAUGCACCACGGAUUACUCUUACUGUCGGCGGCAAUAAGCGCAAGCGCAUGACUGCACCUAAGACGAUCUGGAAGCUACCGUCCGGUGCCCCUGUGAUCCCUCAGGUGGUUUUGAACUCGGUCGUCGCCUCGCUUCAGCGAUUUGGAGUACGGCAGAGGAAGCAGUACGCUGAGGAUGCUUGCAAGUACUGGACUCUCAAACGCGAAGCCAGACGGGGUGCUGCGCUUCUGAAACGGUUACAGUUGCAGCUCGAGACCUUUUCGUCGAUGGAGAUGACCAGGAGAGAUUAUGUUGCCAUGGGAGUGACCGGCAGCAAGCGACUUCAGCGGCGCAUCGAGUUCGGCCAGAGGCUCUGCUACGACCUGGACAAGCUGAGGACGCUGUGCGACGAAGUCAGAAAGCGAGAAAAGGAGAAGCUGAGAGAUGUAGAAACUCUACGGAGUAUUGUUGAUACCGUCUACUUCCCCAUUUUCCCUCUGCUUUGGCCCAUCUUCGAGAAAGCUCAAGGGCUCGAUGGGAAGGGAAUAUUCAAGAAAGGGCUAUCGACAAUUCGCGUAAAGCUGCAAGAACGCUAUUACUCGUCGGUGGCUUCUUUCUCCGCCGAUCUUGCCCGGGAAUUCACUACGGAGAUCGGUGUCCAGCCAGCCGGGGAUACUGCAGAGCUACAGAUGCAGAUCAGCGGCCGUGCCCCGGAACUUAGCCUCGAGCAGCGCGAGAAGAGAAAAUUGGCUAAGCGCAUCAUCAAAGCUAUCCAACCAGCACUGGAAGACGCGAUCAGGAAAGAGAGCGAACUCAACCGCAAGCCUUUCGAACAAGAGUUGAAAGAGCUUGAUCUCAUGCUGGAAAACAGCGUCAUGUCUCGGCGAGGGUCUGAAGCCGACACUACAGAGCACACCGGAACUGACAAAGCAGAGCACUCUCAAGACCCAAGUCAAUCUACGGAGCAGCAGCCCGCAGAGAUCACUGCUAAAAUGGAAAACGACGAAGGGUCCGUUAUUGCCUCUCUACCUGAAAAGGUUGACGCAGCUGCUCAGCCAAAUGCACAACUGUCGCAGCCUACUCAAGAGCCCAGAGACUCGCCAGUCCAGCCAGUCCCCGAGUCAAGACCUGCUUCUACUUUUGACGUGCAGGAAGCAGAGAGCCAAACCAUCGAGGAUGGCCCAACGACAUCACAAACUCCUAUGGAAGGAGUCGAGCCAGCUGCCAGUGAAGCGGUCGGACCGACCGAGAUAGAUGGUUCGAAACCAGAAACACCGGCAGUUGAUGAGCAGACACAGCCCCUCACACCGCCUCGAAGUUUCACCGGUGAUCAAAAUUAUCCCUUGUCUCAGGGAGGAAUCCAAUGGUACAUGCAACCAUUUGAUCCUGUGGGAACCACCAUCCAUGAGGAACGCUGGACGGGACGGGACGUUAUGCGGGGAAUGAGUGAGGAACUGAGCGAAUUAGACGAGGAUGAACUCAAGGACUUGGUGGAGGAGGAUGAGCUGGAAGGGCAAGUGCUCAACGGACUGACGGAGACCUCGACUGGCACAGGCGCUCCUCCCCAGCAGCAUGUCAAGACUCAUCGGACGCGACGACGCUGGCGUGGGUUCAAAUAAGAGCAAGCAAGAACGGGGUGGCUCAAAUGCGACCAUUAAUCUUUUUUUUAACACUCUUCUUCUAUCUUCCCCCUAUCCCCCACAUUGGCAUUCUUUUUUUUUUCUUUUCUUUGCCUUUCUGUAUGUUUGCUUUUAUUUCUUCUUGUCGACAGUUGUUCAGCCAACUGGAAGGGAUGGGCGUUAGGCAUGUUUUCAUGGCCACGAGAAAUGGCAUUUUUGGGCCGUAGAAAGCCAGCAUCGCGUAAUGAACAGGCGUCGAAUGUAUGAAAU